AUGAUUAUAGAAGCUAAAGGUACAGUAUUGAACUUCGGAGGAGAGCUGCAAAAACCCUUUUACAAAAACAGGUCAGGAACCUGGUUCCUGCACCACAGGAGAGUUAACUCAGAAAAAGUCUUGUGGGGUCGCACGCUUGCCCGACAAGCUAGGAGAUGGCAGAUAGGGAACCUGACUCACUUGGAUUACGCUGCAUCUAACGGAUUCCAGCCAAAUGUGAACUUGCUACUGCUUCAGGAGAACCUAAAGCGAAAGAAAGUGAAAAGUGAGGUCAUAAAACUUUUUCAAAGUGCUGCAAGAGUAUACAUGCGCAAAGGAUUUGAUCUAUACAUGUCAGAUAUAGCAAAAGUAGAUAAGAAGACUUAUGACUACUUGAUGGAAGAACCACCGAAAAUGUGGGCACGUUCUUGUAGUCCACGACAAAGAUAUGACAUGCUCACAACAAACAUAGUUGAGUCAAUGAAUUCUGUGCUAUUAGAAGCAAGGGAGCUUCCUAUAUUAAGAAUGAUGACUUUCAUCCAAGUGAAGCUACAACGUUGGUUUUAUGAAAGAAGAAAUGAAGCAGAAGGAAAUUUUUAUAACGUUUCUUGCUGGGUAGAAGAGGAAUUAAAGAAAAAGAUAGAUUUAGCACUUACUUUGAAUGUCUUCCCUGUUGACUCAUGGCAUUCUAGAGUUGAGGAAGAAGGAAUUACUUUCUUGGUGGACUUAAACAAAAGAACAUGUGAUUGUUUUCAGUUUCAAUUUGAUGAAUUACCAUGCAUACAUGCAAUUGCAGCUAUCGAGAAGAGAAACAUCAAGAAGUCCAACUUUUGCUCGCACUGGUACUUAAAGGAAUCUUGGCUGAAAACAUAUGAAAGACAAAUACAUCCUGUAGGACAAACUGAUUUUUGGAUUGUACCGGAGAGUGUUAAGUCACAAAUUAUUAAACAUCCAGAUUACAAAGUGCCACCAGGUAGAAGGCAGAAGAAAAGGCAUAUUCCAGCUACCGAGUAA